GAUGUCCACUUCGCAAAACAAAGCCUAAAAUUAUUUUCUUCAAAUCCCUAAAACUCUCUUCUCUAAAAAUCGAUUACCAGCUCUCUUGGACGACCUCUCAACCGCGAAGCAUCUCACUCCUCAACGAUUGUGCAACUUCAAUUCAUCUCCGGUCUGUUUUCUGUAUCCCUUUUUUUUACAGGUGGCAAUUGCAAAUCCACAUCAGCGGAGACGCCAGAACUUUCCGGUGAUUUCGGAUUCUAUCGUUUCUGUGAUCGGGAUACGGAAUCAAGGAAAUGAACGGAUAAUGGUCUCUUCGAAUGGAUUGGAGUAAUGAUCUCUUAUUCAGCUUCAAAGGUUCUUAGAAGCUCUAGUCACUACUAUCACUCUUCUUCUUCUUCUGAUAAAACCCUAAUAGAACGCAUCUCUAAAGCCUUCUUCCACGACCAAAACCCCAAACUCUUGAACCCUUCUGAAUUACGAGCCCAUCACGUGGAACCUGUCCUGGUUAGACUCCAUUCACAGCCUCAAUCAGCCAUUCGCUUCUUCCAAUGGGCCGAGAGCAUCCUGGAAUCUCCUCAUUGUGUUCAAUCUUGUUUUGCGCUACUCCGUGUAUUGCUGGGACACAGAAUGUUAGGCCCCGCAUCACAGGUGUUCGACAAAAUGCUUGCGCGAGUUGGGAAUGAUGCAGACUUUUUCAGCAAGUUGCAUGAGGAUUUUCAGAGGUUUAAUUUGAAUCAUGCUAUUGUUUGGGAGUUCUUUAUUGACAGUUAUCAUCGAAAAGAGAUGAUUGCUCAUUGUUUCAAGAUUCUCAUGUGCACAUGUGAAUUGGGGUCUUCUGUGUCACCUAAUGUGGUGUGUAGGGUGAUGAAUUUGGCUGUAGAUACCAUGAAUUUUUUUAUGAUUGUUGAUAAUCUUGAAAUUUUGUGUAAAGCAAUGAGGGUCAGACAUUCUUUUGUUUAUGACUUUGUCAUGUAUUGUUGUGAGAAGAAAGGUAUGGUUAAAGAGGGCAUCAAUUUUCAUCGUGCCAUGGCUGAUAGAGGUUUUACAAUUGACAUUGUUUCGUGUAAUAAGAUUCUGAAAGGUCUUUGUCAGGAAAAUCAGAUGGGAGUGGCAUCUAACUAUUUUGAUAUGAUACUGAUGAUAGGUCCAAAGCCAAAUGUGGUUACCUUUAGUACCUUGAUUAAUGCUUAUUGCAAGGGGAGAAAAUGGGAUGAAGCAGUUAAGCUUUAUAAUGUUAUGAUAGAUAGGAAAGUAACACCUGACUUAAUUGUUUAUAGCAUUCUUAUUGAUGGUUUAUUCAAAUGUGGAAGAUUGGAGGAGGGGCAGAGGUUUCUUUCGGAAGCAUUAGAGAGAAAUGUUAAAUUGGAUGCGGUGUUUUUUAGCACUGUUAUGGAUAUAAAAGUGAAAAGUGGGGAUUUGGGGAAGGCAAUUGACGUAUACAAGAGAAUGUUGAAGGAAGGGAUUUCUCCCAACAUUGUCAGUUACAGCAUCCUUAUAGAGGGGCUGUGUCAGAAAUGUAGGAUUUUUGAGGCUUGUGGAAUCUUUGCUCAAAUUCUGAAACAUGGUUAUGAGCCAUCUAUUUUAACCUACACUAGUCUAAUUAAUGGUUUCUGCAGCUCAGGGAAUUUGAGGGAUGGAUGUUGCUUAUACCAGGAUUUAAUAAAGAAGGGACCUGAGACUGACGUCAAUCUUUAUAAUGUGUUGAUACAUGGUCUUUGCAAACAAAGGUUGGUAGCUGAUGCUCUUAGGUUGCUCUUUCAUGCUGUAAGUAAGGGUCUAACACCUAAUGUUUUCAUUUUUAACACCUUGAUGGAUGGUUGGUGUCAGCUGGGACGAAUGAGUGAUGCUGUAAUGGUGUACAGGUUGAUGGCGACAUAUCAUAUAGAACCUGAUGUUAUAACUCACACUGUGCUCAUCAAAGGAAUGAUUGUCAAAGGGAAAUUGAAGGCGGCGUUGUUAUUAUUUUUCCAAAUGAUGAAGAGAGGUUUCUUACCAGAUGAUAUGACUUACUGUGUCCUCAUUGAUGGAUUUUGCAAGCAGAACAAUCCAACUGUUGCAUGGCAAAUUUUUGGAUUGAUGCAAAAUAAUGGAGUAAUUCCUGAUAUUGCAAUAUAUAAUGUUCUUAUUAAUGUGCUUUUCAAGGACUCUUGCGUGGAAGCUGCAGAAGAACUCUUUGGCCAUCUUUUUGAGAGAGGGCCAACACCUGAUAUUGUAACAUACAACACCAUGAUUUGUGGUUACUGCUCUCUGAAAAGGUUGGAUGACGCAGUUCGGCUUUUUGGAAGGCUUACAGGCAGGCUUUUCAGACCCAAUGGCAUUACUUAUACCAUGCUGAUCAAUGGUUUCUGUAAGGAAGGUCGACUGAAUGAUGCAAUGAUGAUCUUCUCCAACAUGUCAGAUAACGGUCCGGAACCUAAUGUGGUCACAUAUAGUUGCUUAAUUGACGGUUAUUUCAAAUCUCAAAAUAUAAAAAGCGCCUUUGAGCUGCAUGAAGAGAUGCUUCGAAAGAAUCUCUCUCCAAACAUUGUUAGUUACAGCAUUCUUAUUGAUGGUCUUUGCAAAAGAGGACUCAUGGAGGAAGCAUUGCUUACCUUCAAUUGUGCUCUGGAGAGGCAUUUAUUGCCUGAUCUUAUAGCAUAUACAAUUAUGAUUCUCAAUUUUUGCAAGGUUGGGAGACUAGCCGAAGCCAAGAUGUUUUAUGACAGAAUGUUAAUGGAUGGAAUCAUUCCAGAUGAAUGGUUGCAAAGGACGAUUGCAGAGUACCAGCUUGAAAAAGUGGCUUAAGAUGUUGUUCUCAAUUGAGGGAUGUGCAUAGCCAAUAUUGUCUCCUGUGUUCAACUAGUCAAUAUGAUCAUAGUGUGAAUUAACAUUCCACACUUCCUACUAGGUGGUCCAUUUGUUUAUGUUGAUCAACAAUUCCUGUUGCAGUACUUUCUGUUGCCAUGAUGUUUUGUGCAGCAGCACCACGCUGGCUACAUAAUGACAAGAUACAGAUAAAAGCAUCCCAUCAAGUGAUGGAUGAAACUGAGAAAGAAUAUAAGAAGAUCAAUGGGCAGAUCAGUGAAACUCAGGAAGCAAUGAAGGUUUCAUACGCAGAGUUCAUGUUAGAGGCACAGACCGCUGCAUCUCGUGUGUGCAAGACAUCCAUCACGGAGCUUUCAAAAUCUUUUGAGAAGGAAAUUGAUGGUAUCAGGAAGCGUUUUGGAGCUUCAUCAACUUAGAAUUAUCUCGACCGAGCUACUAACAAAGAGAAAUUCCUUAGUAAGUGCUUUAUCUGCUUGAUGCUCUCUUCUGCAACUCUCAAAUUGUAAUAAAUAUGCGAUAUCACUUGUUAAAAGUUAUUGAUUUAUAUUAUCUAGCUCAGAAAAAACUAACAGAUAUUACUGCAAAGAGUAUUUGAUAGCUGAAAAGGCAUCCUUGUUAAUUAGUUGAGAAGUGAAAAUAAUUUGCUAGCAAAUGGCUCUACCCUCUAAGUAACUUGAGAAGGCCUUAGUGCUGGUGACUGAUUUCCUGUAUGUGUCGGAAAGGCCUCCAAGUAACUUGAGAAGGCCUUACUCCCUCCUAAACCAAUCCAUUUUCCUGAGCCCUACCCAUGAUGUCUGCAAGGUUUUCAUGCCUAUGUGUUGGAUCAACGACACACAUGCAUGUGUACUCAUGUACCCAUGUAACUAUGUAGAGAUAUAUAAUCUAAUCGAGUGGUAAAGACAAGCUUUAGGGCUUGAUGGAACAUAACGAUGUAAAAAUACUUGGGCUUGUGUCUUCUGAAGGUUGUUUUCCUGUCGAGUUUUAGCAAUGACUGUUUCCAUCCUUUAGUUAUUUAGUACAUAAAUACAUUAUACAGAAUAUCUUCUUGGGUAUGGUUAUAAAAAGUUGAUUUACUUUUUCUUUGCUGAAGUGACGAGUAAUGGAAAAGAUAAAUGGAAAUUCAGUGACUGAGAGUGAGGUAUGGAAAUUAUAUGAAGUUUUCGCAACUAGUUUAACCGUUCAUUUUUUUUGCCUUUGUUAAUUUGCAAAUGUGGUUCCUAUCCUGAUCGGUUGUUGCAACGUUUAGCAUACCAUGUUGGUCUUUUCUGAUCUAGAAUACCUGAACUAUUUGGUAUCAAAUUGAACUUAAGGGCUCUUGGGUUUGUUUAUUUAGAAAACUUCAUUACUUUUUCUGUAGUAUGAUGAUCUGGAUAAUUGGCUGACGUUUUAUAUUUUUUAUUGGACAAAUGUACAGAGGAAGCCGGUCAUGUAUAUUACACAAAUAGUAGGCUUGGUUGUCAUGAAAGAAUGUGCGCUUUUCUUUCAUGUUGCCUUUAUUGUAAAAUGAGAAGUCCCUUUAAAUUUUGGUGUGAGGUUUAGUUAAUUCCUUACAUUUGAGUUUGUUUAAUGGUAUAUCCAUUCCAAAUUACACUCAAAAUUUACAUUUGAGUUUGUUCAACUGAAAGGAUUCACUUCUAACCUA